AACAAGAAGAAAACUUUGAGUUUAUCAUUGUCUCUCUUACCGGCCAGACUUGGCACUUUGAAGCUACCACAUAUGAAGAAAGAGAUGCGUGGGUACAAGCCAUCGAGAGUCAGAUCUUGGCCAGUUUACAGUCGUGCGAGAGCAGCAAGAACAAGUCCCGCCUGACAAGUCAGAACGAGGCCAUGGCCCUUCAGUCCAUAAGGAACAUCAGAGGCAAUUCCCACUGCGUGGACUGCGAAGCACAGAACCCCGACUGGGCCAGUUUGAAUCUGGGAGCCCUCAUAUGUAUCGAAUGCUCAGGUAUACACCGAAACCUUGGCACACACCUCUCCCGGGUCCGCUCUCUCGACCUGGAUGACUGGCCCAUAGAGCUCAUCAAGGUGAUGUCUUCUAUCGGGAAUGAGUUGGCAAACAGCGUCUGGGAGGAGAGCAGCCAGGGCCAUAUGAAACCUUCAUCAGACUCCACAAG